CGCGGCGCCGAGGCCACCGUCCAGGGCAGCUUCGGGGGUCGGCGCGGCAGGAGAUGAGCCUGUCCUUGGCGGCCCAGGCAGCAGCAUGCACCCCGAUGCCACCGACAGCCGCGGCGCCGGCCUCAGCCCUGCCCCGGGCUCCGCGGGCGGCUGGAACUGGCAGACGCCGGUGGCUGUGGCCGCGCUCGCCGCGGUGGUCCUCUCCUUCCUGGGGCCUGGCUCCUGGGCUGCGGCGGGGGGCGCGGGGCCAGGCACCGUUGCGCUGCGGUUCGGCUUGUACCUGAGCUGUGCCGCGGCCGCCCUCCUGCUGGGGACCCUGGUCGCCCUCGUCUGCCGGAGCCCGCGCGCCUCGCCGCCCGACUUCGCCGCCGCCUGGAGCCGGCUGGCCGCGACCGCCCGCCGCCCGCUCGGGAGUCCUGUGUAUGGAAACUCACAUGAGACAGUUCAGUCUAGAAGGGUAGUAAUUUCGCAUAAUAUGGAUAAAGCUCUGAAAGAAGUGUUUGACUACAGUUACAGAGAUUACAUUCUCUCCUGGUAUGGAAAUCUCAGCAGAGAUGAUGGACAGCUUUACCAUCUGCUCUUGGAAGACUUUUGGGAAAUUGUCAAGCAGCUGCACCACAGAAUGAGUCAUGUGGAUGUGGUUAAAGUUGUCUGCAAUGAGGUUGUAAGGGCUUUGCUCACUCAUUUCUGUGACCUGAAAGCUGCUAACCCCAGGCAUGAAGAACAGCCAAGGCCUUUUGUGUUGCAUGCGUGCUUGAGGAGCUCAGAGGAAGAACUAAGAUUCCUACAAAUGUGUUCUCAAGUUCUGGUGUUUUGUCUCCUCCCUUCAAAGAAUGUCCAGUCCCUCAGCUUACGUAUUAUGCUUGCAGAAAUUCUUACAACAAAAGUGUUGAAGAUAGUGGUAGAUUUCCUGAGUAAUCCAGACUACAUUAACCAAAUGCUGCUUUCCCAGUUGGAGUAUAGAGAACAGAUGAAUGAGCAACACAAGAGAGCCUAUACCUAUGCUCCUUCUUAUGAAGAAUUCAUCAAGCUUAUCAAUGGCAGUUCUGAUGUAGAGUUCUUGAAGCAACUGAGGUAUCAGAUUGUAGUGGAGAUAAUCCAAGCAACUACAAUUAGCAGCUUUCCCCAGCUGAAGAGGCACAAGGGUAAGGAAUCUGCUGCAAUGAAAGCUGACCUCCUGAGGGCCAGGAAUAUGAAAAGGUACAUUAACCAGCUGACUGUGGCAAAGAAGCAGUGUGAGAAGAGAAUCAGAAUCCUGGGAGGUCCUGCCUAUGACCAGCAGGAGGAUGGGGCCUUGGAUGAGGGAGAAGGGCCUCAAAGCCAGAAGAUUCUGCAAUUUGAAGAUAUCUUGGCCAAUACUUUGUAUCGAGAGCAUUUUCAAAUAUACAUGGAAAGAAUGGACAAGAGAGCACUGAUUAGUUUUUGGGAAUCUGUAGAACAUUUAAAGAAUGCUAACAAGAAUGAAGUUCCACAAUUAGUUGGUGAAAUUUAUCAAAAGUUCUUUGUGGAAAGUAAAGAAAUAUGUGUGGAAAAAUCACUUUACAAAGAAAUCCAGCAAUGUCUUGUAGGAAAUAAAGAUAUUAAGGUGUUCUGCAAAAUCCAGGAAGGUGUAUUUGAGACCCUAAAAGACAGAUACUACCCUUCCUUUAUUGUCAGUGACCUGUAUGAGAAAUUGAUGAUAAAAGAGGAAGAUAAAGAAGACUCACAGUUGAUUUCCAAAAAUGAUGGAAUGGACCCAGGAGGUGAGGCUGAUGAAGUUGUGGUUGAAGGUACCAGUGAGAUUAAUGAACAAGCCAGUUUUACUGUGAACAAAUUGCGAGAACUAAAUGAGAAACUUGAAUAUAAAAGGCAAGCUCUAAGUUCUAUUCAGAAUGCACCAAAACCUGACAAGAAGAUUAUAUCCAAGUUGAAGGAUGAAAUACUUUUAAUAGAGAAGGAACGCACGGACCUUCAGCUGCACAUGGCAAGAACAGACUGGUGGUGUGAGAACCUAGGCAUGUGGAAAGCCUCCAUCACCAGUGGAGAGGUUACAGAAGAGAAUGGUGAGCAAAUGCCUUGUUACUUUGUAAUGGUUAGCCUACAAGAAGUUGGAGGAAUUGAAACUAAGAACUGGACUGUCCCAAGAAGGCUCAGUGAGUUUCAGAAUUUACACCGAAAACUUAGUGAGUGUGUCCCUUCUUUAAAAAAAGUCCAGCUGCCUUCUCUUAGCAAGCUGCCUUUCAAGUCUAUAGAUCACAAGUUUAUGGAAAAGUCAAAGAAUCAAUUAAAUAAGUUUUUACAGAAUCUACUUUCAGAUGAAAGACUCUGUCAGAGUGAAGCACUUUAUGCCUUUUUGAGCCCUUCUCCUGACUACCUCAAGGUUAUUGAUGUGCAGGGGAAAAAAAACACUUUUUCAUUAUCUUCAUUUUUUGAAAAACUUCCUCGUGACUUUUUCUCUCAUCAGGAGGAAGAGCCAGAAGAGGACAGUGACCUGUCAGAUUAUGGCGAUGAUGUGGAUGGGAGGAAAGAUGCCUUGGCUGAACCAUGUUUCAUGUUGAUUGGGGAGAUUUUUGAACUUCGAGGAAUGUUUAAGUGGGUGAGAAGAACAUUAAUUGCUCUUGUUCAGGUCACUUUUGGAAGAACCAUCAACAAACAAAUCCGGGACACAGUGAGUUGGAUUUUCAGUGAGCAAAUGUUAGUUUACUACAUUAAUAUUUUCCGGGAUGCUUUUUGGCCAAAUGGGCAAUUGGCACCACCAACCAGAAUCAGAAGCAAAGCUCAGAGUCAAGAAACAAAGCAGAAAGCACAGCAAAAACUACUUGAAAACAUUCCAGAUACACUUCAGAGCCUUCUUGGACAGCAAAAUGCCCGCCAUGGGAUAAUAAAAAUAUUCAAGGCACUGCAAGAAACAAGAGCCAAUAAGCAUCUGUUAUAUGUGCUAAUGGAACUGCUGCUAGUGGAGCUGUGUCCUGAGCUGCGAACUCAUUUAGAGCAACUGAAGGCUGGUCAAGUUUGAGCUGCACAAAUAAACCAUCAGAGAAAUGUCUGUGUCAAAAUAGACAUGAAACAUUUUCCUCUUUUCCACAGAGGGCUUGACUGAGAACCAUACUGAUUUUUAUUUUAGUUAACAUCUGUCCAGUUUUAUGUGAAAUAAGCAGAAUUGAGGGGAAGGGCAACUUGAUGCUAUUGUAGGCAACAGGGAAAAGCACUUCUGUUUAUUGAUUUUUUAUUUAAAUAAUAUAAAUACUUUAAAGUUCAACAUACUGAUUGAAAUGUAAAUGUUAAUAUGUGAUAAGAACCUAGGAAAUAUUUUAAAUAUUUAUGAAAAAUUUUGUUUUAAAAUGAAGAACUAUGAAUCUUGUACAGUAAUUUCCUUGGAGUACUCUGAACAUUCCUAUUUCAUGUGUAUUGAAGAACACUGUUGUGCAAUGCUUUGUGUAAAGUUAUUGUGAAAAAUUUAUUCUCAUUUUUACCAAAGAUUUCCCAUAGUUUGAAGCAUUUGAAGCAAUAAAAUAUAAAAAUGAA